UAUUAAUCAACUAUAUACAGCAAACACAAGAUAAUAGAAAUUAAAUCAUAAAAUCGAGUGGCCGAGUAGUCUCGACUCACCCAUAACUUCUCCAAAGACGUCUAUCAUGAGCUUUGUACACUAAAUCGUUGAAAUUACUUAAACUAAAUCUUUUAUUUACAAUCACAAUAAUUUGUUUUGUCAUAAUGUCUUUUAAUAAUAAAUCAAAUAAAUUUGAACGAGGUCUGCCCCUCCUUCCUUUGUAGUCAAAACAUUCUAAACAUGCAAAUCUGAAAGAUAAGAAGGCGGGAGUGUCAUCACCGCUUCUGAGAACGUGCCCAAGCAUCUUCCAUCGUGCUUUCUUGAUCCUUUCAGUAAGGGGACUGACAUUACAUCUUUUAUAUAAGUUCUCGUUACUGAUAACCGUAGGCCAAUAGGUGUUGAUUAUCUGUCUCAGAUGCUUCCUUUGAAGAACGUCGACAGAUGCCAUUACGGUUUCAGGAGCAGCCCAGCUGCUACAGUUAUACAAAAACACUGAAGUGACAAGAGCUUCGUACAGUUUCAGCUUUCUACUCUCACUGAUCUGAACAGAACUAUUCAACCAGACUUUCUUGUAGGUGUAGAAGGCAACAUUGGCUUUGUUGCGUCUGUUGACAAUAUCUCUUUCUGAACAGAGCUUUGAUCCUAAUAGCACUGACUCUCGCCACUCUUCAUCUCCUCUAAUUUUAUUGCCAUGGGCAUCUAAAGCAUCUGUAUCUGCCAAAUACACUCUUGUAAACACCGUCUUUGAUUCGUUAACAAAGAGACUCCAAUCCUUUAGUAUAUCACUGGCAAUCUCUAGUAUCUUCACCAGGCUCUGACCAUCUUCACUCAGAAGCUCAGCAUCGUCAGCAUAGGCGGACUCUAACGGGAGGCCUCUAUCAGAGACUGGGGGGUUCGGUCUAGGAAUCGUGACACUGAUCACGGCUCUGAUGUGAUUCAGGGCACCGGCAAGGGUCAAUGUAAACACUUUACCUGCCAGACUGUCUCCCUGGUAAGCGCCAAUAUUAAUCACAAAUUCACCAUAACAAUAUUAUGUUACAUUUAACUAUCUUUCUCGUCACCAGGGGUACCCGCUGAGUCGAUUGGAACAGAAAAGAGGGUUGCACUCAGCCCAGUAGCCUCCGCUGCGCUCAUCAAGAAGGGAAUGAGUGUUAACGUGGAGAGUGGUGCUGGAGUUGGUGCGCAGUUCUUAGAUAGCGCUUAUGAAGAUGCUGGAGCUAAGAUCGUUGACAGAGAAGCUGCUUUCCAGUCAGACAUAAUCGCGAAAGUGCGAGCACCCUCAACAGAGGAGAUACCUCUCCUGAAGAACAAGAGUACCCUGAUCAGUUUCGUGUACCCUGCUCAGAACCCUGAACUGUUGUCUGCCCUCCAGGAGAAAGAGCUGACCGUCUUCGGUAUGGACACUGUCCCUAGGAUCAGUAGGGCUCAGGUAUUUGAUGCUCUGAGCUCCAUGGCUAACAUUGCUGGUUAUAAAGCAGUUAUUGAAGCAGCUAAUCAUUUCGGACGAUUCUUCACAGGUCAAAUCACAGCAGCGGGCAAGAUUCCACCAGCUAAAGUCUUGAUAAUUGGAGGAGGUGUGGCGGGUCUCAGCGCGUGUGGUACGGCUAAGAACAUGGGUGCUAUCGUGCGCGCGUUCGAUACACGUGCAGCUGUAAAGGAGCAGGUUGAGAGUAUGGGCGCAGAAUUCCUUACUAUUGAGCUUGAGGAAAGUGGAGAAGGAACCGGGGGGUACGCUAAGGAAAUGUCCCCAGAGUUCAUUGCUGCGGAAAUGGACUUAUUCGCCAAGCAGUGCAAAGAGAUUGAUAUUCUGAUCACUACAGCUCUUAUACCUGGAAAGAAGGCUCCCGUUCUUAUUUCCAAAGAGAUGAUUGAGUCUAUGAAGCCGGGCUCUGUGGUCGUUGAUUUGGCAGCCGAGGCUGGUGGUAACAUUGAGACUACUAAACCUGGUGAAAUAUACGAGUACUCCGGAGUAACUCACAUUGGUCUCACAGAUCUUCCUUCCAGACAGGCUACACAAUCUUCUACACUGUACGGCAACAAUCUCAGCAAACUUCUUCUUUCUAUGGGAGAGGACAACGUCCACCAAACAAAUCUAGAAGACGAAGUGGUGCGAGGCAGCAUGAUCCUCAACCAAGGAGAAAUGAUGUGGCCUCCACCGCCUGUUGAGCCGUCUCCUGUCGCCGCUAAACCCGCCGCCGGCGCCGCUGUUGUCAAGGCUAAAGAGAAGGAACCGUUCAAGGAUGCGUUGUCGUCGUCAAUGAUGUACGCUGCAGGGUUGGGAACAUUAGUUACUCUCGGAGCUAAUGCACCGGAUCCGGCUUUUACUACUAUGUGCACUACUUUCGCUCUCGCUGGAAUCUGUGGUUACCACACAGUAUGGGGUGUCACCCCCGCUCUCCACUCCCCGCUCAUGUCCGUCACUAACGCUAUCUCCGGUAUCACUGCUGUGGGAGGACUGCUGGUUAUGGGUGGUGGAUAUCUCCCAACUAACACAGUCCAGACCCUAGCGGCAGCAGCAGCAUUCGUCUCCUUCAUCAACAUAUUCGGUGGUUUCGUGAUUACACAAAGAAUGUUGGACAUGUUCCGACGUCCGACCGAUCCUAAAGAACAUAUGUAUCUUUACGGUCUGCCAGCAUCUCUGUUCCUGGGAGGGUACGCGUACGCUGCCAGUCAGAACAUGGCUGAUAUUCACCAGAUGGCAUACCUUGCUUCUUCUCUGUGCUGUUUGGGCGCCCUCGGGGGUCUGUCUUCCCAGUCUACUGCUAGGGUAGGUAACACACUUGGUAUGAUAGGUGUUACAGGAGGAAUAACAGCUACAGUGGGGCUCCUUAACCCGCCUAUAGAAGUACUAGCACAGAUGGGAGGUGCUGCUGUGUUGGGAGGUGCUGUGGGCGCUACUAUCGCUAAGAAGGUCGAGAUAACAUCUCUACCCCAGCUGGUUGCUCUCUUCCAUAGUUUCGUUGGAGCUGCUGCUUGUCUGACCUGUAUUGCCACCUACAUCCACGAUUUCCCACAUCUAGCAACAAUUGGUAACGCUGCAGUUCUGAAAACUGCUGUCAUGUUGGGAACAUACAUUGGUGGUGUCACUGUCACAGGGUCAUUAGUUGCUUACGGCAAACUCGAUGGUAGAUUGAGCUCAGCAGCGCUUCUCCUCCCUGGAAGGCACGCUAUUAAUGCGAGUCUGUUAGCUGCUAACAUUGGUUGUAUGGGAUACUUCUAUAACGCUCCCAGUCUUGCUGCAGGUGUGGGUAUGCUAAGUGCUAUCACAGCUGGAUCUGGUAUCAUGGGAUACACUCUUACUGCUGCUAUCGGAGGAGCUGACAUGCCUGUGGUUAUCACCGUGCUCAACAGUUACUCAGGAUGGGCACUAUGCGCGGAGGGAUUCAUGUUGAACAACUCUCUCAUGACUAUUGUUGGCUCGCUGAUUGGCUCCAGUGGUGCUAUCUUGUCUUAUAUCAUGUGCAAGGCAAUGAACAGGAGUUUACCUAGUGUUAUUCUGGGAGGGUUUGGAACAAGUUCAACCGGAGGCGGAGCCGCAAUGGCUAUUGAGGGGACUGCAACAGAGAUAAUGACAGACGGAGUAGUUGACGCUCUGGUUAACGCCAAGAACGUGAUCGUUGUACCCGGUUACGGCCUGUGCGCGGCUCGUGCACAAUACCCCGUUGCUGAGAUCGCUGAUCUUCUCACCCGGAAGGGAAUCAACUUCAGAUUUGGUAUUCAUCCCGUUGCUGGCCGUAUGCCUGGACAGUUGAAUGUGCUCCUAGCUGAAGCUGGUGUACCGUACGAUAUCGUGCUGGAAAUGGAUGAGCUGAAUGAUGAUUUCCCUGACACCGAUGUAGUACUUGUUAUUGGAGCUAACGACACUGUAAACUCAGCUGCUGAAGAUGACCCUAACUCCAUCAUCGCAGGAAUGCCUGUGUUGAGAGUGUGGAAGGCAGAGCAAAGUAUUGUCAUGAAGAGGUCCCUUGGGGCCGGAUAUGCUGCGGUCGAUAACCCAGUCUUCUUCAAGCCCAACAAUUCUAUGUAUCUUGGUGACGCUAAGAAACAGUGUGAAGCUCUUCUGGAAGGCCUGAAACGCCACUACGGAGAAUAAACUUAGUUUUAAAUUUAAACCAGCCCCGGACUAUAUUGAGGUUAUUAUUACAGCUAUAGAUAAUUUAUGAUUUAACUUAUUAUAUUAUACGUGAAAAUGAGUGAUCAGGAAGAAUGUGGUAUGUUUCGAUGGGUAUUAGUUAGUUUGUGCCGUUGAGAUGCCUGUAGCUUGAUUGCUGAAUGAUAGAUAUAUAUAUCCUAGUUGACAAUUUCUAUGUGCAGGCCCUCAGAAAUUAUCUUUCAUCUCCUCUUCCUGCUAUUUUAUAACGGAUAUAAAUUAAGUUAUUAUCUUUUAAUGAGUGUAAAUAACAUAUUUCACGUCACCUUAUUUUUUCAUACGAUUACGCAGAGUAUUGAAAUACAAAAUAUUAAUAUGCAGUUUUUUCGGCCAUGAUAUAUUCCCCAAAUGGGCUCUUUGGCCAGCGUUUUAUUUACGUUUUAACGUUUUUUGCUGGCUAUCUCAGUUAAGGCUCAUUGUAUGGGAUGAUAUUUAUUGUAAGCUGAGAAAUGUGUUUGAAACUACCCCGAUUAUAGCUAUAUUAGUGGAUAAUAAGUAUUGAGAUGUUUUCUACGCUAUUGGAACUUUUUCAAGGUUUUA